AUGCUCCUCUCUAACACCACAGUCUUUGUGACUGGAGGGCUGCAUCUCUCGGUGGACUUUGACAGUCCUGAGGAUUAUCUCAUUUUUAUUUUCCAACUUUCAUUCGCUACGACUGCUGUUCUCAUAGCAGGGCCUGUAGUCAUCACCAUUCUGGCUACAAAAGCGCUGCACCUUCAGAAUAGGUUUAUUUUCAUGCUGAACACGAGUAUUUGUGACACUCUGGUUGGUUUUUCAGUGUAUUAUGUUGGUCUGUUUGAUGUUCAGGAGGGAUAUCCUUCUAGAAAUGGAACUUAUAAUAUGCUACCAUCACUUCUUGGGGUAAACAUAAUGACGUUUUUAUUUGCACAGUUUGACCGGUAUUUUGCAGUUUGUCAUCCAUUCAUCUACACACGCUUUAUAACCCGGAGAGUGGUCGUCUCUGCAAAUGUUUAUUGCUGGUUUCAUGUCUAUUUUCAGUCGAUCAUCACUAAUUUCUUGCCACUUUCUAAAGCGAUACAGCUGUAUGUUUUCAGUAUUGUAACCUUACAACUAAUCGUGCUCACCAAAGUGGCCAUGACUAUCAAACUGUAUGUUGUUGCCAGAUUCCAGCUUGAAAGAGACCCUCCCAGCGCAGAGAAAGAAAGCAACAAAGAAUCACUGAGAAUCAUUAUUUUUGUUGUUAUAAGUUUCUUGGUGUUGUGGUGCCCUUCUUUUAUUAAUAUCGUCCUCAGACUGGUGAUAGGACGAGGGCUGACAUUCAGGAAUGAAGCCACUAAUCUUUUUGCCAUCAUGGCUCGUUUCAACGCUGUGUGCACACCGUCAGUGUACCUGUGGGGCAGUCCAGCUCUGAGAGAAGCCAUGGUGAAGACAGUGUGGGGCAGAGUGUGCCCGAGAUGUAAAAGGAGGUAA